UCCAUGCAGGCCUAAAAACGCACACGCCCCUGCGCGAGGUGAUAAAACACCAAUUGUGCCAUCCGCCCUGCAUGACGACACAAAGAGCGGAGGGCCCUCCCCCACGCCGUCUUGUUCUCUGCUCCUAUUGGCCGGAAGCCCUGGAUGCUGGCAGAGCCUCCGACCAAUGAGACGUCUCCAAAGUGAUGUCAUGGAGGCAGCGGUGAUGCUGUUGCCCGGUGCCUGGAUCUUCGCUGCCAGACUGGGGGGGAACCAAAGUCGCCAGUCGAGCAUCGGCAAGAAGUGUCGGCCAGAGGGGACUGAAAAGGAACUCUCACAUCUUUGAAAAGCAACGUAAGCACCGAGAAAAUGACUCUCGCAGCCUACAAAGAGAAGGUGAAAGAGCUCCCUCUGGUGUCGCUGUUUUGCGCCUGCUUCAGGCCGCAGAAUGUGGAGAAGGCCACGUACAAGGCCGAGGACGCAGUGGAUCUGGGGUGGAGCGCCAUCAAGGACGUGGAGGUCAAAGAGUUAAACAAGAGGGCGUCGGGUCAGGCCUUUGAGGUCAUCCUGAAGCCGCCGUCGUUUGACGGCUUACCGGAGCUCAAUGCGACCAUGCCCCAGCGCAGGGACCCGUCCCUGGAGGAGAUCCAGAAGAAGCUGGAGGCCGCCGAGGAAAGGCGAAAGUGUCAGGAGGCGGAGCUGCUGAAACACCUGGCCGAGAAGAGGGAGCACGAGCGAGAGGUGAUCCAGAAGGCCUUUGAGGAGAACAACAAUUUCAUCAAGAAUGCCAAGGAGAAGCUGGAGCAGAAGAUGGAGGCAAACAAGGAGAACAGGGAGGCAUUGUUGGCCGCCAUGCUGGAGAGGCUGCAGGAGAAGGACAAACAUGCGGAGGAGGUGAGGAAGAACAAGGAGCUGAAGGAGGAGGCCUGCCGAUAGAUGCCCGUAGAGAGAAAAUGAGGAGAGGACGACGAGGUCCAUUGAGAGCAGACUAGAGAUGGUUUGUGUUGGAUUUUUUUUUUCUAAUUCAGGAAUACAAAAGAGAUCCAGGAGAAAAAAAAAAGAACUCAUAAAGCGAUUCAAAAGAUGGGAGAAGUAAGACUUUCAUAUUGAUGUGUGUCAGAACGAGCUGUACAAAAAAGCUUUAAAAAAAACGCUUGGUGUGGAACAAAUUUCAUGUAU